AUGACCAGAACCUCCGUUUUAGCUGAUGCUUUGAACGCCAUCAACAACGCCGAAAAGACCGGUAAGCGUCAAGUUUUGAUCAGACCUUCCUCCAAGGUCAUCAUCAAGUUUUUGCAAGUUAUGCAAAAGCACGGUUACAUCGGUGAAUUCGAAUACAUUGAUGACCAUAGAUCUGGUAAGAUCGUUGUUCAAUUGAACGGUAGAUUGAACAAGUGUGGUGUUAUCUCUCCAAGAUUCAACGUUAAGAUUGCUGACGUCGAAAAGUGGACUGCUAACUUGUUGCCAGCUAGACAAUUCGGUUACGUUAUCUUGACCACCUCUGCUGGUAUUAUGGACCACGAAGAAGCUCACAGAAAGCACGUUUCUGGUAAGAUCUUGGGUUUCGUCUACUAA